CAGUGGUUUGGGGUGGGAAUGGAGGAAACGGUAUGGAGUCAUUUACCAGUUCUGGUAAGAGCCAAUUCCAAGGAAUCCAUUGAAUACAUUCUUCAAACCCUUUGGAGAACCCGAAAGAGCGGUCUUCACUCUACUGAUCGACGCAUGAUUCAAGAAAUGCUCCAACUCCAAAAUGAAUCCGACCUCGACCCACUUCUCGUUUGCCUCCGAACCUUAAUCAGAAGGUGUGUUUAUGAGAACACUUGCAAGGACGAUAUUCCCAAGCUGUUUCCCAGUGAAGUUCUCCCCGAAUUGCAAAAACUGUUGACACUUUUGCUGCACAAGUUUCAGUCAGAGUGGCAAGACGACGUCCUCAAAGAUCAGAAUAUUGUUCCCCGGUUAAAGGCAAUGACUUGGAAUAUGGCGAAUCUGGAUAAAGAAUCACCUGACCCUGCUGCUGUUAUUAAUUUGAAGCUUCAAAAUGAUACUCAAUUUCACGCGGGAGAGAUGGAUGUGAAGUUCCAGUUGGCUACAGAUUCUCUAGGGACGAUGCUGAAAGCGAUGCACAGUAUUAGAGACCAGUUUUCAACCAUGGAUGAGGCACCAAAUGGGCGUUAAUACCAGUAAAUCAAUGGAGUUUCUGACAUGAUGUCUCACAAUGAAUGGUUGGAUUGUUGCUCCAUCUUGGAGCUCAACAAAAACACAUGCAAAAUUUUGAGUAUACAUAAUUUUAUGUAAUAAAGUUGACAAUUCUGAGGGGUGAACCUUGGUGCAAUGGUAAGUUUCAUGGUUCAAAUCUUGGAAACAACCCCUCCGCUCGUGGGGUAAAGGUUGCUACACUCCCCAAACCCCACCAGGUGGGAACCAGGGGCACUGGGCCACCCAUUUUUUAUUCACAAUUCUCUAAUUUGUCACUUUUGUAAUUUUUUUUUAGUAGCUCAUGGCACAAUGUAAUGUUAGUCAAAUAUUGCGGUUUAAGUAUAAUGUUAUGUCUGAUACAUGAUGGUGAUUUCAGUUUGAUCUGAGUUUGGAUUUUUAUUUUUUUGUUGUUUUUGG